GAUUUGCUUAACUUUUUCAGGCACUCAUACUCUGGAUAGUACUGGGUGAUGAGAAAGGAGCUGAUAUUUUGCUCCACAUUUUCCCAACCAUGACCAAAUGCACUUUCCAAAAAUACGGCCCUUCUGGGACAAUGGAGAAUGUCGAUGCCCUGUGCGUUUUGCCCGUUAAUGUCAUCAAUGAAAAGAUAUUCUUCGUAUUGUGGUUCUGGUUCAUUCUGUUGGCCUGUUGGUCCAUCGCGGAUUUGGGAUUUCAGACGUACUUGAUGUUCAAGCCAAGUUAUCGACCCAGGUUCCUGAGAUGGUUGAAAUUGAAUGGGAUGACUGACGAUGACAGAAUGGAAUAUCGAAACUUAAUGGAUAAGUCAGUAGACCACUUAAAUUGGUUCGACUGGGUGAUAUUAUAUGAUUACGGGCAUCACUCAUUACUAACAGAUGAAUGGCGAUCCAUUUCAAACCUUUUACGCCUUGUGGAUGCUUUAUUCAACAAAACCGUGCGCAAGAUGCAAAAAAACCGUAUGAAACAUAUGGAACAGAGGUUAAGCGCCAAUCCCGCGUUUCCCCCAAUCCAAUGGGUUGGCGGAAAGUGCAUAGAAGAAUGUGGAUACUUUUUUUGAUGAAGAGCCGUGGAAAUAGGUCAAUUAGAUUCGGUAAAUCACCCUGCGCUCAAAAUAUGAGGCUAGAGAAACAAAAAAUACGUUACGCACAAUCUGGUGACCGGCUCGUCAACUUAUAAGAACCAUUGCAAGUGCGAUGCGUAAUUUGUAUUGUCCCUAGGGAAACAUUUUGAGACAAUUAUACCAUGGCAUUGAUGAACUAAAAUAAAACCGAAUCUGUUUUAAAAAAAGAA